GCAAGACACACCCCAAGGGAGGAGCCACCGUUUCCCGGCGGGCUCCCGGCGGCCGGGCCAGCUCGCUCUUGUUUCCCGCAGCUCCCCCGGCCUGGACGACAUGGCCCAGGAUCGUCGCACCUGCGCCCUGGAGCCUGAGCACGUCCAGCGCCUGCUGCUGUCCUCCCGGGAAGCCAAGAAGUCCGCCUACUGCCCCUACAGCCAUUUCCCGGUGGGGGCCGCCCUGCUUACCGGAGACGGGCUGAUCUUCUCAGGGUGCAACGUAGAAAAUGCCUGCUAUGCACUGGGCAUCUGUGCUGAACGGACUGCAAUCCAGAAGGCCAUCUCUGAAGGGCAUAAGGACUUCAGGGCUAUUGCUAUCUCCAGUGACUUGCAAGAUGAUUUUAUCUCACCAUGCGGGGCUUGCAGGCAAGUGAUGAGAGAGAUGAGAAAACCAAGGUACAGGAAGAAUCAUUUGACAUUUGGCACUGACUGGGCCGUGUACAUGACCAAAGCAGAUGGUACUUAUGUGGUCAGAACAGUCCAGGAGCUGCUGCCUGUGUCCUUCGGGCCUGAGGACCUGCAGAAGAUCUAGCAAAGGCUGGAGAACACCCACUGCCCAGAAGGCCUUGUGUUCCCACAGGUGUUUAAGGGACCAGCACUGGAAAACUUUGGAAAAAUGCCCGCUCAGGGACACCUGCCAAACAGGCCCAACUCUCCCGGAGCUGGGCAGAGAUGAUUUUUCCUUGGAAUCCCAAGUCUGGCCUGCUUCUCCAGCACUGCCUGGGUUCUGUCCUGUUCUGGGUGACUUUGCCGAUUAUAAACAUCACAGAACAUCCUGAUUCAGAAGGAUGCAUUUUGCUCUUUGUCACUGUUGUUGCAGGGCAAUUUAUCUUUUUAGAAAGACUUGGACACUCUCUGCUGGGGGAGAAAACAGGCACCUUGGAACCAUGUAACUUUCGGUGUGGAGGGUGAGUCCUUGUUAUGACUUGUGUCUUGAUAUCCCCCAAAGCCUCAUGCAGUCAUAUGUGGAGCUUUUUCUGAAUUGAUUCAUGGUGCAAUGCUAGGCUCAAGGGCACUAGGAUUAAGGGUGUGAGUGCUACCUGCCCUAAGUAAUCUGCAUAAAAUAAAAGGGACAGAAAGAUGCUGUU